AUGGCCAUCUCGUGGAAGUCGUUUGACUUCUUCGACGUCACCCAAAUCAAUCUCGCCGACGAUGAAACCCGACAGCUCUUCGAGGGCAACGAGAUCGCGAGCGUCUGCGCGGGCUCCGACAGCCUGUUUAUCGGGUCUUUUGAUGGAUAUGUGAGCAUCAUAGGCAAGGCAUGGAAGAUCAUAAAGCGCUUCCAAGCCUACGAGGCGGGGAGCAUCACGCAUAUGCGCCAGGUUGAGGGAACGAGUCUGUUGUUGACGGUUGCGGAGGACAUGAGCAGCGAGCCUGUGUUGAAGGUGUGGGCGCUUGACAAGUUGGUCAAGAAGACCAACAUGCCCACAUGCUUGAGCACCGUGUCCAUCAACAACAACCGCCGGCAAUUUCCCAUUUCGGCAUUCGCGGCUACCGACGACAUCACCCAGAUCGCCGUAGGAUUCACGAAUGGCUCCGUCACGGUCAUCAGAGGCGAACUCAUCCACGAUCUCGGAACGAAACAACGCAUAGUCUUCGAGUCCGAGGAGCCGGUCACCGGUGUACAGCUUACGACUGACAUGAAACUCAAACUCACAACCCUUUUCGUCUCGACGACUUCCAGGAUACUGAAGCUGGGUCUGUCCAAGAAAGGCCAGGGACUCCCCCCUAAAACCGUCGAGGAUACGGGAUGCGCAGUCGGGUGUAUGACGCAAGAUCCGAAUACAGACGGCGUCGUGGUUGCGCGGGACGAUGCCAUAUACACCUACACAUUGGAAGGCCGUGGACCACCCAGGGCGUACGAGUCGCCAAAGAGCAAGAUCGACAUCUAUCACGAAUAUGUGGCACUCGCUUGUCCACCGGCAAGUCAUAGCGGCAAAGACUCCGAGGCUAUGAGACGGCGCUUUGGAAGCAGUACGGCUAAUUCCCUCUUCAAUGCGUCGUCUUUUGUGAUGUUGGAUAUGGAUCUUCGGGUGAUUGGCCACACCGAGACAUUGAUGUCGCCCGUGGGAUUCUUUGUCGACAUCUGGGGAGAUUUUUACACUAUUACUCAAGAUGGCAAGAUCUACCGAUAUCACGAAAAGAGCCUACAACAAAGGUUGGAAAUGCUGUACCAGAGGAACAUGUUCCCGCUGGCUAUCGAGCUGGCGCAAAAGUCUGGAUUAGAUGCUGAGCAGCAAAGCCUCAUCUAUCGCCGUUUUGGCCAUCACCUUUACCAAAAAGCCGACUAUGACGGCGCCAUGGUUCAGUAUAUUCGAGCAAUCGACACAACUGAGCCAUCGCAAGUCAUUCGCAAGUUCCUGGACACGCAACGCAUCCACAAUCUCAUCCAGUACUUGGAACAACUCCAUGAGCACAGAAAGGCGACGGCUGAUCAUACUACCCUCCUUCUCAACUGCUAUGCCAAGCUCAAGGAUAUCAACAAGCUGGAAAAAUUCAUCAAGUCCCCAGGUGACCUCAAAUUUGAUCUUGAUACCGCAAUCGCCAUGUGCCGGCAAGGCGGUUAUUAUGAACAGGCGGCAUACCUUGCCAAGCAGCACGGCGAGACCGAUCUUGUGGUCGAUAUCCUGAUUGAGGACUCCAAGAACUACUCAGAAGCGCUUGACUUCAUCUGGCGCCAGGAUCCAGAUAUAGCCUACCCUUGUCUUCAAAAGUACGCUCGAGUGCUCAUUGAGAACUGCCCUCAAGACGCCACAAAACUCUUUGUGGAUUACUACACAGGCAACUACCGGCCCAGGCGUACAGUGGUGGUGCAGAAUGCGACCGAUACGCCUACUAGCGGAGGCUUUGCAGCUGGUGCUGCCAGUGCGGUCCAGAACCUGUCCAGCCUUCUCCCCUUACCAUACAUGAACACUUCAACGAUCGCAUCUCCAGGGACACCUGGAAAUACCAAGGCUGUCGUGAGCGACAGUAACCUCCUCGUUGAUGACGACGCCCCUGCACCAAAGUAUACUCCUCCUCCUCCACGAACCGCUUUCUCAUCUUUUAUCGACCAUCCCGAUGAGUUUAUUGUCUUUCUCGAGGCAUGCUUGGAGGAAGAAGACCUUGAAUCCAGUGACCGAACCGACCUAUAUACUACCCUUUUCGAAAUGUAUUUGUACAAGGCGGGAGAGAAGAAGGGCCAGCAUCACAAGGAAGAGUGGGAGGCAAAGGCAAAGAAGCUUAUUGAGGGUGAACACGUCCCCAUGGAGAGCUCAAACGUUUUGCUUCUGUCGCAUCUUGCGGAUUUCAGGGACGGAACAGUGCUUGUGAAGGAGCAGGCGGGUCUUCUCUUUGACAUCUUCAGGUCUUACACAUCGGCCAAGGAUACUCGAGGAGCGAUCAAGGCCUUGAGGAAGUAUGGCCCUGAAGAGCCGCAGCUUUACCCAGCUGCGUUGGCAUACCUAACUUCCGACCCGCGGGUGUUGGAGGAGGCUGGGCCGGAUGAGCUGUCUCAUAUCCUGACCAAGAUUGACAAGGACGGACUGAUGGCGCCUUUGCAGGUGAUCCAGACGCUGGUGGGACAAUCUUCAGGUGGUGGUGUGGCUACCAUGGGUAUGAUCAAGCCCUACCUUCAUGAGACAAUCACGAGGGAGCGCAAGGAGAUUGCUUCGAACCGACACCGAAUCAACACGCUUCGAGGGGACACGGAGAAGCGUCGCGAGGAGCUGGCCGAUCUCGGAUCCAAACCAGCCGUAUUCCAGGCCACAUGGUGCUCAGACUGCAGCCAGAGACUGGACCUCCCUGCGGUACAUUUCCUGUGCAAGCACAGCUUCCACCAGCGAUGCGUACGAAAUAGCGGCAAGGAUGGCGAGGCCGAGUGUCCCAAGUGCGCAGGUGAGAACGACAUGAUCCGCAAGAUGCGCGAGGGUCAGAGAGAGAGGGCAAACAAACAUGAGCUGUUCAAGAGCGAUCUGGAGAACAGCGAUGACAGGUUCAGCACGGUGGCGGAGUGGUUCUCGAGAGGUGUGAUGGAUGGGCAGAGUGCUGAAUGA